GCCGAACCGACAUUCAAACCGGUGUUGAAUACUGUUUGUUGACUUCAAGUCGAUGUUUGAGAGUCUCAGUCACUAUUUUGAAUUCAUCGGUCAUAUUAUUGACUUCAAUAAUAAUUCUGUUAAAUAGAGAUCAAAUAAGUGUAAUAACCGGUGCUUUUGUACUCGAAAACUGCAAUCGAUUUGUUAAUAAAUUGACACAACUCAUACACUCCGGACAGAGACUUGUUUUGGAUUUAAUUACAAUUAAAAGGAUGCACACAAUGCUUGACAAGGAAUCAGAGUUGGAGUUGACUGAAAAUAUUGUGUCAGUUGUGGACAAUUGGCCGAAGUCUGGAGUCAUCGAGUUUUGUAACUUUAGUGCUUAUUAUAAGGAAGAGUGCAAACCUGCCAUCGAUUCCAUUAAUUUGAUGAUUAGAAGUGGAGAAAAAGUAGGAAUUGUCGGCAGAACCGGUUCCGGCAAAUCAUCGUUGGCCAUGUCUUUAAUGAAGUUUUUUACGUUAUCUUCGGGACAAAUACUAAUUGACGGAAUAGAUAUCUCAACAAUCAGUUUGGAUCAGUUGCGGUCAGAAAUUAUCAUAAUACCUCAGGAUGUUGCGUUAUUUACGGAUACCAUAAGAUUCAAUUUGGAUCCCGGCAAUGAAUUCAAAGAUUGUCAACUAAUUGAAUGUCUUAAUGAGAUAACUCAUCAGGGAUUGAACAUGAGUUCAGGUGAAAGACAACUCAUUUGUUUAGUCCGAGCGCUUCUCCGACGCAAACGAAUCCUAAUUCUAGACGAGGCGACCGCUACUAUGGACUACAAAACACAUCAAUUCAUGCAAUCAUUAAUUGAUAGAUAUUUUGUCGACACGACUGUUAUAACGAUUGCUCACCGAUUGGAGGCAGUCAUGAAUUGCGACAGAAUUAUAGUCCUCAGUGACGGACAUAUCAUUGAAACCGGAAAACCAUGUCAUCUGAUUGAAGAUGAAAAUUCUUUUGCCUCUCAAUUAAAAUCGAUUGAAACUAAAGCCAAUUAA